GGCAACUGCCUCACCCUUCCUGGAUUUGGCAAAGGAUAAAUUCGCUCCACCCUGGCGUGAGCCACUGGUCAGGGGACCAUAAAUAGGGUCCCCGGGGCAGCCUUCUCACUAGCUUCUCCUCCUUAGCUGCUGUCCGGCACGCCAGUUUCCUAAGCCCUGAAGUCAUGGCCCGGGGUAUCCUGUGUCUGGGCCUCGUCCUGCUGGGGACCCUGCAGGCUCCGGCCCGGGACUUCCUCAUAAGUCCGAUCCCAGUCCCACUUCUGGUCUCAAUCCCCCUGCAGCCCGACUUCCAGGAGGACCAGUUCCAGGGAAAAUGGUACGUCAUAGGCAUAGCAGGGAACUCGAUUAAUGCAACAAGAAGAGCCCGGUUCAAGAUGUACACCACCACAUACGAAUUGAAGGACGACCACAGCUACAAUGUCACCUCCACCAUGAUCCGGAACGAGAGCUGUGACCACUGGAUCAGAACCUUCGUCCCAAGUCUCCUGCCGGGCCAGUUCACUUUGGGCGACAUCAAGAGUCAUGUCGGGGUGCAGAACUACACCGUGCGCGUCAUGAUGACCAACUACAACCAAGUCGCCAUGGUGUUCUUCAAGAAAGUUCACGACAACCACGAGUUCUUCAAGAUCACCCUCUACGGGAGGACCAAGCAGCUGAGCACCAAUCUGAAGAAGUAUUUCACCCGCUUUGCCAAAUCCCUGGGCCUCACCGAUAACCACAUCAUCUUCCCUGUCCCCAUUGACAAGUGCAUUGAUGAUGAGUGAACGAGCAUGCGGUG